UGUGACGUCGGCUAGUCCACUUCCGGGUCGUGCGUCCUCAUGUUAUCAGCAUGGCGGCCAAAAACAAUCACCGAAAAAAGUCGAAGGCUGGCAAAAAGGGCAUACAUCAGCCGGAAGAGAACAUUAUGGAGGAGGAAAACUGCGACGACGAAGGGGACAUGGUAGACGAUGGACACCAGGCGGAGGCGGACGAGUUCAAUCUCGAGGAAGUUCUGCGGCUCGGUGGUACUCAGGCCGACUUCAGGCUUCUGUGCAGCUUGGACGCGUCCCACGAUCUGGUGGAUGGAGGGAAGAAAGGCACCAUAGAUGACCUGGAGGAAGGCGAACUGGAGAGUUUCAUCACUAAAUUGGGCAUUCGGGAGCUUGCCAACUUGCAGGUCCUCCCAGACGAGACAAAGGAAGAAGCAGUUCCAAACAAGGAGCUCCCAAAGUCUAAAUUGGAGAAACCUGCUGUGGCAAAACCCUCCAAGCCACAGCAGAAGCCUUCUGAGCAGCAGAAAAAGGAGAAGACACCAAAAGGAACAGCGGCGAUGGCGGUCGCAAUGACUAAGAAACAAGGUAAACAGAACGUGUUUGAGUUCCAUCAGCGGAAUGCCCUGCUAAUCAAACCCGGAGGCAAAUGGUAUGACCUGGAAUACAGCGCAGAGGGCUCCACACUUUCGCAGGAUCCCGGUGUGGUGUCGUCCUACAAGACGCUGGCUCAGCGUCUCUAUGAGGCUGAUGUAGAGUUGUAUAAGACCAAGAAAGCCCUCCAGAAAGGAGCCAACUCGGCUUGGAUGAAGACGGUGGUCUCGGCUGGGGCUCUGGCCGACAGGAUGGCGGCGAUGACGGUUCUUAUCCAGGACGCUCCGGUGCAUAUGCUGGAACAUGUGGAGGAUCUGGUGUCCAUGGUGAAGAAGAAAGGCAGUCGCCGGAUGAGCCUGAUGGCACUGGACACGCUGCGGGAGCUGCUUCUGUCUGACUUGCUGCCGGAGAACAGGAAGCUGCGGACUUUCGACCAGCACCCGUUCGACAAGCUGGAGGAGCUGGCGAGUGGCAACCGUGACGCCCGCGACCGUCGCCUGAUCCUCUGGUACUUCGAGCACCACCUGAAGCACCACGUGGCGCAGUUUGUGGCCGCGCUGGACGUGGUCGCUCACGACACGGUGUCGGCCACCAAGACCAAGGCGCUAGUUACCGCGCACGAGCUCCUGUCCCAGCGGCCUGAGCAGGAGCGGGCGCUGCUCAUCCACCUGGUCAACAAGUUGGGCGACCCAGAGUACAAGAUGGCGGCCAAGGCCUCGCACCUGCUGGAGACACUGUUGCACACCAAACUCAUCGGCAUCUACUUCUCCUUCUUCCGCGCCUGUGUCAGCAAGACAGAAGUGGAUUCCAAGAUGCUCAGCGCGCUGCUGUCGGGCGUCAACCGGGCGUACCCGUUCGCCAGCAAAACAGACGAGAAGGUGAAAGAGCAGACGGACACGCUGUUCAAAGUGGUGCACACGGUUAAGUUCAACACGGCCGUGCAGGCGCUCAUGCUUCUCUUUCAAGUCAUGGACGACCAGCAGACCACCUCCGACCGUUACUACGUCGCCUUGUACAGGAAGCUUCUGGACGCCAGUCUGUCGACGUCCACGCGUCAGAACAUGUUCCUCAACCUGCUUUUCAAAUCCCUGAAGGCCGACACGGUGCUUCGGCGCAUCAGAGCCUUCAUCAAGCGUCUGCUCCAGGUCAGCGCCCAACAAGGACCCAACUUUGCCUGCGCCGCCCUCAUGGUCAUCUCAGGGGUCAUGCGGGCCAAGCCGGAACUCAAGACCUUGCUGCAGGAGGAAGAAGAUGGAGACGAGGCCUUCAUGGACCGCCCUGAAGAAAAGCUUGACGACGACGAUGACGAAGUGGAGCGCUUCGCUGACAUCGACAAGAUGGAAGCCGCGACAACGAGCGAGCUGGAGUCCAAACCCGUGGCAUCGUGGAUACAUCAUCAGAACCUGCGAGGCGCGCGCAAACAGCAGAAGUACGACCCGCUGCAUCGCAAUCCGUUAUUCUGCUGCGCCGAACGCGCCACGUUGUGGGAACUUCGCCGGCUGGCGCUGCACUUCCACCCGUCCGUGUCGCUCUUCGCCAAAACUCUCCUGCAGGGGGACUUGAUCCAGUACUCUGGCGACCCCCUGCAGGACUUCACCCUCAUGCGCUUCCUGGACAGAUUUGUCUUCAGAAACCCCAAACCGAUCAAGCGCAAACAGAACACGGACACUUCGGUGUUGCAGCCCAAACAGAGAUCGCAUGGCAGCUCGUUAGCAGUGAACAGCGAAGAGUUUCUGCGUCAAGAAGAAAGCCAGAUUCCCGUGGACCAAAUCUUCUUUUAUCGCUUUUUCAAGAAGCGGCAGCAGGAGAACGCACACCGCCGGCCCAAAAUUGACAACGACAACGAGAGCCUGGAGGACGUCGACGACGACGAGUUUGAGAAGAUGCUUGACUCGUGCGAAGGGGACUCGUACUUCACAGAGUUACCAGACAAAGAUUUGGACUUUGCUGGCAACAUGUCGGGCGACCAGAAAAAAAAAGCCGCAAGAAAGGACGCGGAUGAGUCGGACGAGUCGGAUGAGUCAGGCGACCUGGACGACGAGGAAGUGUCCCUGGGCAGCAUGAACGAGGAAGACUUUGGAGAAGAAGUGGGCGGAGAAGGAGGAACCUUCAUGGGGGAUGAAGAUGAGGACGUUCCAGAACUUGAAGGCGACAUAGACGAUAAUGACAAAGAUGUCCCCUUUGAUGAAGAUGAGGUUCCAGAUGUGACGCCGCCCUCCAAGAAAGUCAAAAGGAAGUCGAGCCAAAUGGAGCUGGACUUCUCACAGAGUUUUGCCUCCAAAGCGGGAAAGAAGAAAAAGAAAGGUGAAAAAGGAGCAGCCAUGUUUGCAAUGGCCCAGGAGUUUUGUGGCCUGCUGGACGACAACGCCGGCGCCAAGAUUGACAACAUCGGACUAAACGCCAUGGCCAACACCGACAAAGCAGGCGUGAAGCAGCUAAAGUGGGAGAGCCAACGCGACGACUGGAUCCACGACCGGGAUGCCAAGACGCUGCGCAGGAAGAAGGCCGCCUUCAACAAGAGGAAGCGCUUCGGACGCGGCGUCAAGACAACGACGGUCAUGAUGGGCAACAAGAGGAAGAGGAAGUAGCCGUCAGCGGCCACCGGCGUCGGUCGCCCAGUCCAGUUGAUCCCUCUGCCGCACACCGUACUCGCCCGCCAGCUCGUUGGACUUAUAGUAAACUAUCGACAGGAGAAAACGUAAUUGAUUGGAUCCCAACAGGAAGUGUGUGAGCUGAUAUGACAUCAUUUUCUGUCUACGAACGACUGCUGCCGAUGUCUUCGGGACCGAAAGGCAUCAUGUAUUUUCUUACCUUCCAGAAUGGAUGGAAAUCUUUUCUUCAUUGUGCUCCUGAAAUCUAAAAAAUAAAAUAAAAAAUCCAUCAACUUGUAGAACAGAACGAGGAUGAAAGACUGAUACGGAAAUGUGGAUUUAAACUCUUAAGUCAUUGAUGUUCUAUAUUUA